AUGGAAAAAGAGAGUAAAGAACAGACUUAAGAGGAGUUCUAGCGUUGGAGGAGUAACUUCUAAAACUAGAUAUGCACUUCUAACACUCCUAUUCCCUAGAUCACUAUCAUAGGUAGUCUAAGCAAGCCUAUGCCUUAGUCAACACUUGAAGAUGACUUGAAUCCAGAGUACACUCCUUCAGGGUUAGGAAUAGUAACUGCUAGCAGAUAAGGUACUUAAAAAUUGAAUACUAUGUGCUCUGCUUAAGAUAAUGGAGGGGCAAGUGAAUCUCAAGCUAAGGGACUUUCAAGUGCUAUAACUAGUAAUGGAUCAUAGAUGCAUGGCAGAAAUAAUGCUUCCAAUUAGAAUUAAAAUGCUUCUAAGAAGUAGAAAAACUCAAAUAAGUAUAAUAUAGGCUAGCAACUCGAACAAGCUAGAACGUCAGACUAAAACUAGCAAAAUCCACAGGAUUUUCAAGAUUAAAAUCCCUCUUAAAUGACUGAGUAACAAUAGAAAGAUGAAUACUAGCACAAAAAAAAGCUUAUGCAAAAUAACAAGAAACCAAUGACUCAACAUUAAAUGCAACAGAUGCAAGCCUCCUCUGAUAAGACCGGCUAGAUUACAAGUAUUAAGCAAGCUGGGCAGAAAUUCAUAAAUUUUGAAUUGAUUCAUGUUGACAAGUACUCCAUCACCAACAACUAUUAACUGCCCGAUGAUAUUCAUAGUAUACUUUAGGAAUAGUAAGGACUACAAUAUGAUUUUCAAAACAAGUCAUGGGUACUUGGACUCGAAACAUAUAAGGAUGUGCUAAUCAGAAUCAAGUAAUCAGUUGAAAAGAAGAACAUAGAGGUAUAUGAGAUUCCUCAGAUAGCGUUUGACCUUAUAGAUAAUCCAAUACCUUUCUCAUCACCCCACAUUAGGCCUAUAUUUAAAGCAAGGAUUGGUCAGCUUCCUCCACAGCUUAUUAAGAAGCUCUACAAUUUUCAAAAAGUAGGUAUUCAAUUUGGAAUAGACCAUUAUGGUCGACUUCUCCUUGGAGAUGAAAUGGGUGUGGGUAAAACUGUCCAAGCAAUUGCUCUAAGUUACCUUUAUCAAAGAGACUGGCCUGUCCUGAUAAUAUCACCAUCUUCACUGAAAUAUGCCUGGCGAGAUGAACUUAUGAAGUGGCUUGAGCCAAGAAUCAGUAUGACUGAAAUCUGUGUAAUAACCAAGGAAAAUCAGGAAUUCGUAUCUGCUGAAAUCAAUUUUUAUAUCAUAAGCUACUCUUUAGCUUGGAAGAUGUCAGAGCUCCUAGCUAAAUUGCAGUUCAAAGUUGUCAUAGUUGAUGAGGCUCAUUACUUGAAGUCUAGAGAGUCUAAGAGAUCAUAACAUUUACUUCCCAUAAUAAUGAGAAGUAAAAGAAUCAUGCUGCUUAGUGGUACACCUAUGCUUGGAAGGCCUAAUGAAAUAUAUAAUUUACUCAAAAUUCUCAGACCAGAUGUAUUCAGAUGUUUUAAAGAGUUCGGUAUCAGAUAUUGCAACCCUAAGGAGACUUUAUAUGGAGUAGAUUGGACUGGCUCUUCAAACAUGAGUGAGUUGCAUCUCCUACUUGAGAAGUGUCUAAUGAUUAGAAGACUUAAAAGUGAGGUUCUUUUUGAACUGCCAGCCAAGCGAAGGUAAAAAAUAGUAGUAGGAGUAGAUGAAAGAUCCUAGAAAAAAAUCUCAAAGUAUCUUAAACAGGUCAAGAAAUGGGAAUACAAGAUUGAGGAGGAUUUCCAGGAGUUAGACAAGAUAGAUAAGAUUCAGGCAUGUGAGGUUGAGGACAAGUAUUCUUAUCUAUUGAGAGCUUAUUCGCUUACUGGUAUGGCUAAACUCAAAGGAGUCUAGAAUUUUAUCGAGACUUUGAUAGACAACAGGGUGAAGUUUCUGCUAUUUGCUCAUCAUUAUGACGUACUGGACUAAUUAGAGGAUUACAUAGUCAAGAAGUAGGUAUCAUAUAUUAGAAUAGACGGAAGAAUUGACAAUAAAAAGCGUCACGAAGCAGUUAAGAAGUAUCAAACAGAUUAGAAAUGCCAAGUAGCAUUGUUGAGUUUAACAGCUUCCAGUCAGGGGAUCACUUUAACAGCAGCAUCUAUAGUAGUCUUUGCUGAAAUGAAUUGGACUCCAGGUAUUAUGGUUCAGGCUGAGGACAGAGCGCAUAGAAUCGGGUAGACAAGCUCAGUAUUAGUUUACUACAUUUAUGGAGAGGGCACUUUAGAUAAACUCAUAUAUCCUCGACUUUAGGUGAAAUCCGAAGUCAUAUCAACAAUAGUUGAUGGGCAAAAAAAGAAUCAGUUUAUGCUAGAGUCACCUAGAGAAACUGAAAUGACUGAGCAAGCAGAUUUGAUGCUUGGCAAGCAUAGACGAGACCAUCACAACGGAGGUAUGGUGAUAGACCCUUACGGCUAGUAGAAUCAAAGUGACUGGUCAGAUGAGGAAGAUGGAGUUGGGCCAGAUGGCAAGAGAGGCAAUAACAGGAAGCGUUUAAAGAAAAAUUGUGGCACUGCUGGCAUGAUAGAAUCUAUGAACGAAGAUGGAAUGCCUAUUAUACCUGAACUGAUGAAGUACAAUGACAGGUUCGAGGAUGCUAGCAAGAGAAAGGUUAAGGAGAGACAGAAGAUUUAUGAUGUGUUUGAAAAGAUCAAAUACGGAAAGCAGAAACAAGAAUUGCAGCAGACAAAUAAAGAGCGCUCUCAAGCUCUCUACACAAAAUUAGAUGACGAGAUGAGUGGUAUGACUGAAUUCUCCUCUAUCAAUCUGAAUGUGCCUGUCUAUGACUCUUAAAAGAACCAAACUACUACCCAGCCUAUAGUGGCCAUUGAAGAAGACAAUCCUAACGAUGAGCAUUAUCUGCCAAAGCCUCCUUUGUUUCCAGACUGGAGUGAGUACUAGGGAUAAUCUCAUAAGUCAGAAGGUAGUGAGGAUGAUAAGAUCGAAGAGAACUUAAAUUAGAACAAGUGGAAGAUGUUUAAUCAGCUCAGAUAAAAGAAGAAGCAAAUCCUUAAGGAGCAAAACCCAUAUCAAACAAUAAAAAUUCCGCCUCCACCACCCAUGAAGCAAAUGGGGAUGUUCAACCGCAGACGAAGAAUGAAGUUCAAGCACUGGCUGAGACGCAGACGCUACUAUAAAGGCAAGACACUUCGACUAGUUGGCAGUCAGGAUCACAACAAAACAGAAACAGAGAUCUCUAAGGUAGUUCAAGAUACCACUCAGUAUCUGAAAAACUACGCUAACACUCAAAAGAUCAAUACAAUGUCUAUGAUGUGCGGAGGGCAGACACAGAUGACUAUGACUGUCAUAGAGCCAGAUGAUGAAGAAAAGCAAAACUAGAAGCAGUAAAAACUGCUAGAGGAUAAGUUUAACAAACAUGAUGAUAGUCUAAUCAGCUAUGAGAUGCUCAGAUCAAGUACUGUAAACCAAAAUGGGGUAUCUUCUCCUAAACAACGAGAUUCAUUUGUGGAGUACAAGGAAAUGAACACUGCUGCAAAUAGCACUACUAAGGAACAAAAAUUGAGUUAGUCUAUGAUAUCUAAAUUUGAGAUCAUGAAUGAAGAGGUUUUUGAUGAUAUCCUCUCAACUAUCGAUAUGUCACAGAUCAUAGAGCAAAAUCAAAAAUCACAGAAAAGCAGUCACCUCAACCAGGCCAUUCAAAAAAGCAUUAAAAAUAGAGAAAAUAAGGCUAAUAACCCUGGUGAAUGUAGCGGGGGUAAUGCUAAUAACAAUAACUAGUCGCAAUAGUCAUUAAAUAAAAAUAAAAAUCCUAUGCUGUCCAAUUAGUCGCAGAAAGCAAUUACUAAUAAGCUAAUGAUGGUUAAUAGAUUGAGUAGACCAAUGCUGAGCAGCAAUAACAUUACAAUUGGAGGUUCAGGAGGGAAUACAACUGGUCAUGAAUAAUCCAUAAGUAUAAACAUUGCCAGAAAGCCAAUCAGACAUAGAAAGCCUAAAGUAGUUAAAUAAGUCAUCAUCAAGCCGUAUUACGACUAUGUAAGUGGGAUUCAUUCAUCUUAUACUCAAAUGCUAACUUGUAAUUAGGAAGAUGAUGAGGUAGAUUUGAAACAGUUUAUUGGCAAAUUCGAUAAGCAUGAACCAUCGUUUGGUUAUCCACUUCCCAAUUUCUUUGAAUCUACUAAAGAUAAUGGUAAUGAAGGAUUCUAAGAUGAUAUCAUACUGGAAAAAUUACAUUCUUUGAGCCCUAUGAGAAGCUAGUCUGUUUAGUAAUAUAGAGAAAGCAAGAGUAAUUGGCAGGUAAUUAGGGAAAGAUUAGACCCUCUGAGAGAAAGUGUGAAAAAAGCCAAAAGAACUGAUGAUGCUUUCGCUCUAAUUUACAAAUCCUUCACUUAUGGCAAAAAAUUACAAAGAAUGCGGAUGUCUAAGCUAAUGAAAGAAAAACUAGCGAGAGAAUAGGAAGAAAGAAGGAUAAAGGAAGAGGAGGUAAGAAUGCUCCAUUUGCUUAUACACAAGAAAAGUAAAAGCAUUGGAGGCACAAAAAACAUCAUCAAGCACCAAUAUGUGUUGAAAGAUGAGUAAACUGGAAUGAUAGAUUUUGACUUUGACCCUGAUGAAAUUCCUUAGCCAAAGUUUGUUACCUAUAAGAGUCACAGAAAUUUCACUUAUUUCAGAAAAGGUGAGUGGGCUGAUGAGAAAUUUGAUAUCACUACAAUCAAUGAAGAAUAGAUUAAGUAGAUGAAAGAAUUGGCAGCUUAGAGAGAAAAGGAGAGGUAGGAAGAGGCUGCUAGACUGUCAUUAUUAGCAAGUUAAAAGCAAAGUGGACGAUAGAGCUAAGUUGAGUAGGAAGAGGAGUAUUACUUUCAUAGGGACUCAUUUGCCUUAGAUUACAAUCCUGACUAUGAAAAGGAAAUUUCAUAGAUGGGAACUCUAAUUGGAGGUGAAUCAGUUUCAAUAUAAAAUUUGACUAAAAAAGCCUUAGCAAAAUUGUCUACCUCUUCCAAAUCUAAAGGCAAAAAGAAGAAAAAGAAGAAGAGCACCACGAAUAACUCAAGAUCACCACCAGGGAGAGUAGCCUCUUCAUAAAUGGGUAAUGAUUUGACAAGUAUGAUAAGUUUUAAGAGUAAGAGCACACUAAGAGAUGCCUCAAAGAAAUAGCAAGUAAAAAUAAUGGUGCAGUCAAAGAUAAGCAAUAAUCAGACAAGUUAAAGCAUUACAGAUAAUCAAGGCUAAGGUGAAAGCAUUAAUAAUUUCGCAGAUAGCUUUUCCACCUCAUCGAAGUUAUACUCCCAAAUGACCACAUCUUAGAUGAAUGAUGCAUCCAAGAAUUCUCCAGAGAGAUCAGUGUCAAAUCAGAAUUUCCCAAUAAGGAAUAGUCGCUCUUACUCUAAUAAUAGGAUGUCUUAAAGAAUAAUAGAGCUUAAAAUCAAAGAAUUUAAGGACAAAUUGAGCAAGGACUAGAUUCACUAUCUUUAUGAAAGAUCUUUUAAGGUCAAAGAUAUGCCAGGUCUGAUACGCAACAAACCUGUGGAUAAAAUUGAUAACAUUGAAAAGUAUAAUGUUAGAGAUUGGCGUGAAAUCAUAAAUCAGUAUGAAAUAAUCCAGUAUGAAAUCUAAUCUAAUGCUCCUAACAAGUCAAAAACACUUCCUAAUAAGAAGCCUAAGCUUUAGCCAAAGACAAUUAAAGAGCUAGAAGGGCAUCAACUUGAUCUUUACGGUUUAAUCUAAAGCUAAAUUUCUGUGAAGCAGAUGACAAUGCCUCUUAUGAAUCUCCGAAAUAGAUUUUAACUGGUAUCUAACCGUUUGGAGCAGAAAGCAGUUGAUAUUAAUUCUACUCUGAACAAAACCCAGCUUAAAUCGUUAAGGGAGUUCAAACCUAAUCAUGACUUGAAGCAUUUCAGUUCUAACCUCACUGGCCGCAAUAAUGCUUAAGGAUUCAAUAGCACCAUUAAUACCUACGAUGCCUCUAAAUACUUUUCACAACCUUAUGAGAACAUUGAAACAUUUGACUAAAAUAGUCUUGAAUCGAGUACUGGGCAAUUUAAUGGAAGUAGAGGCUAAGUAGGUUACAUUAAUUAUAAUAAGUCUACAGAUAUCAAAGUGCUGUAAACGCCAUCAUUUUCUAGGGCUAAAUUUGACAUGAGUAAGCUUAACUAAGCUUUAAAUGAGUAGGACAGCAUUCAAAAGAUCAUGGUCUAUUAAGAAUAAAGACCUGGCACUUCUUUAUCUAGAAGUAGAUUUAACAAUUCACUUAGUGGUCGAAAUUUUAUUGGAUCAACGAGAAAUGGAUUCUACAACUAAAAACUAUAAAACGCUAGUCAUAGAGCUUAAUCAAACAAAAAAUCUUUGAAUCUUAACUCUACAUGCAUAUAUAUCUGA